CAGUUUGUUGUUGUUUACUUUCUCUUAUGAGGGAGUAAUCUUCAGUACUAGCAGGAAAGUUUAGUGGAACGUUUCGUAGUGCAUUCGAAAAUGGGUGACGAAAAUGAAAAUUCGUGUGAUAAAUUCGACGACGUGAAACCGGACAAAAUGUUCACCUUAAAAAAGUGGAAUGCGGUGGCCAUGUGGAGCUGGGAUGUGGAGUGCGACACCUGUGCCAUUUGCCGGGUUCAAGUCAUGGAUGCAUGCCUUCGCUGCCAAGCCGAGAGCAAGAAGGACACCCUCGGACGCCAGGAUUGCGUCGUAGUUUGGGGUGAAUGCAACCAUUCGUUCCACCACUGCUGCAUGUCGCUAUGGAUCAAGCAGAACAAUCGUUGCCCAUUGUGCCAACAGGAAUGGUCCAUCCAGAGAAUGGGCAAAUAGGGCUCCCAUCCACACCCAAAACGCCGGAGGAAGAAUCUUUCGAGUAAGAGACAAUGUGUUGAAUUUCCUUGUGACAGAUUUAUUGUUGGCUACAUAAUCUACUCGAAACAUGAAUAAAUAUAACUGAUCUAUGAAAGAGAA